AUGGAAGAUCAACCUCAUCAAGCGCCGCCGCCAACUCCGCCGCCGCAGCCACAAGGCCCACAACCAAUAAAAAUGGCACCAGACCAAGAAAAGAACAACAAUAUAAACACCCGACACAUGUCCCGACCAAACAACACCCCACGAGGUAUAAUCAUCUGCACAGCCAUCAUCCUUAUCUUAUCCGGUAUAACCAUCUUCACCCUCUGGUUCAUCUACCAUCCCAAAAACCCAUCAUUCACCAUCGUCGGCGCCGCCGUCUACGCCCUAAUCCUAACACCAUCGCCACUCUCCUCCAUUUCCACCUCCAUGCAAUUCAACAUCCUAAUAAAAAACCCAAACAAGCGCGUCUCCAUCUUCUACGAUCGCCUCACCACCUUUAUAUCUUACCACGAUCAAACCAUAACUCCUCCGUUCGAAUUACCACCGGUGUUUCAAGAAAAACAGGGCACGGUGGCACUGUCGCCGGUGAUCGGAGGAGGAAAUCCGGUGCCGGUAUCGGCGGAGGCUUUGAAUGGGUUGAGCUUGGAUGUUGAAGGAUAUGGAGUUAUGCAGUUGGGAGUGGUGGUGGUUGGGAAGUUGAGAUGGAAGAUUGGAUUAUUUACAACGGGAAAGAAAUCGGUUCAUGUUCGGUGUGACGUGGCGGUUAGUGUUAAGAAUGGAUCUUAUGGUCAAGUUCCUUUAUUGCCUUCUCCUAAUUCAUGUCAUGUUAAUGUAUAA